CUGUAAUGGUUCUAAAGCUGUAGUCGCCGCGCUGAGAGGCGGUUGAGGAGGACUUCCCCCGGUGCGUCUUCCGUGAACCAACUCUGACUCAGCGCCUCUGAGACGACACGAUUGUGUCAGAUAAUGGCGUGAGUUUCCCACAGCCGAAGCACGUCGGGGUUUUGGUUCAGAUCUUCGCUCUGAGAGUUUGGAGCACGUUUUCUGGCUUCGGGCUGCGAAGCGCUCAUUAGGAAGUUACGGAACUGCCCGCUGUAAAAAGUGAAGAACGACAAAACGUCAAGUCAAGGUCUAGGUUUCUGUUAUGCAAAUGUUGUAGGUCUGUACUAAUACUACUUCUAAUCUUGCAGGUAUUUAUUUUCAUUUAGUUUACUCUUAUUUUCGAUUAUAUUGAUGUUGUUCGUGUCAGCUGUGACCUUAUUAUGCUUAUAUAUAUAUUGUUUUCUUUUUUUUUAUUUUCAACAACUAUAAAAAAUAUUCAAAGCUUAAUGUUAAUCAAAUUUAGCUGCUGCUUUACGCAUAAAUGAUACACUUAAUAUACACAAUAUAAAUAUCACAUUAUUUAUUUAUUUUAUUUAUUGGGCGGUCGACAUUUUUUACAGCGUGGAGCCAGCCACUUCUCGUAGUCAUUAGUACAUACCAUAAUCACAUCCUUUAUUACCGCUCAGGGUGUUGAUCAACUACUCGUACUUUCCUUUCCUUCGAUAAACUCAGUGGCUGCACCAGUUCGGCGCGUGAGGGAAUCCCGGCUGUUGACUGGACAAUACCGGUUUUACCACGUCACACCGCAUCCUUAUAUAAAUCAGCCUGACAGCGAGGCGCUGCUUCAAAUCACAGCGGACGACUGCAGCGUACAGCACGUCGCUGUAUCAGAUCAGAAGAUGAUGGACAGGUCACAGACAAGUGAAAAUGUUCCCACAGAUGACUUCAAACCUCCCAGACUCUAUCCGUCACUGCCAUGCAUAGACAGGUAUGACGUCUAUCAGCCCAGGAAGCUCCAAGCAUCCCUGGGGUCUCAGCCUGAGGGUCCACAGGAAGACGCGCAGUCUGACGGCGGUCACAUCAAAAUGAGAGCGCGGAUGCUUAUCUUAGAGGAGCAGAGGCAGGAGCUCCUUUCUAUUAAUGAGAGGUGGGCGAAGGAGUACAGAACCAUGGUGCAGUACUACAAGCAGAAGGUUCGUGACUUAAAGGCAUUACUGCACCAAAGCCACGGUUCCCCUGGAGACGAGCUGCGUAAGGUUGAAAGACUGACCUUGAAUUUUAAUGACAAACUACAAUUCAACGCUGCUAAAGAGACAAAAUGGGCUGAGGACGCUGACGCUGAAUUACUGAAGGCAAGAGAGGAGGCGAGGGCGCUGCGGGCGCAGAACAGCAGCCUGACCCGUAGAGGGCAGCACCAGCAAGAGGAGAUCCAGAGACUGAACAAGGCCCUGAAGGAGGCGCUGCUGACGGCUCAGCCUCUCGGCUGCAGUGAGACACUACAAGACCUAUGGAAGCAUCAGGCCGAGGUUUAUAAGGAAGACUUCCUGAAAGAGCGGAAGGACAGGGAGAAGCUGAAGGGCAAAUACCUGGAGCUGAAGAGCAGGUUCAUCAAAGUCCACAACGAGCUCUGCGUUUUCAAGCCUCAGGCGACACCGCAGCAGCCUCGCGCCCAGCGGCAGCGGCACCACCCCGGCGGCGAGCAGUGAGCCUCAGGGGCCCCCCCAUGCACUUCAUGAAGCGGCCGGACCAGAACCUGGAUCAGAACCCUUCCCAGUGGGAGAGGGAGGAUUCUGCCGCUGCACAGCCCCAACACUAGUGACUGGAGUAUUUGCCAAAAGGUGCAACAGGAACGCAGGAUUUUCCAGUUUCCACCUGUGUCAGCAUUGUUCCCGGAGCAGAAGGAAGUUCAGAGGAGGAAUAAAGCGCACAUCUGCAUACGUAAAGAGGAAAUGUGACGUCGCACUUUUAAGAACCGGGCUGCGUUUCUGAUUUAUUGGGCAGCGCUGCUGCUGUUUAUAGGUCUCAGGGGAGCUGCAGAUAAUCACUCAGUAUUGGCUCGUUUGCACAUGAGGCCUCUGACAGAGGAGAGACGAUGGAUAAAAGGGUUAGGAACAUAUAUGACAAUAUAUUUAUGUUUGAAGGUAUUUGUUAUUAGUAUUGCACAUCUUUAUCUUGAAUGCUGUUUAUUUAUAAGGCAGAAUAAACUAUUGUUUGUA